AUGUUGAACUGUGACUUCUUCGCUCGCGAUCCGUCGCAAGUGGGAAAUGGAGCCUGCACCCAAGAGGGAUUCCUCGAGAUUCUUCCGAAGCGCUUUUAUUGGGUCUCCUUGAGUUCUAUGCCUCGGCAGAGCAGUCAAUACCAUUUCUUCUGCAUCGAUCACGAAUUGGUCUACGAACCCUUCUACCAGGACUUUGGCCCGUUGAAUUUAUCCUGUACCUACAAGUACAGCCGCCACGUCCAGAACUUGCUGAACGACCCCGCUUUGUCCGGCAAGAAGAUCGUGCACUACUGCUCCGCGGACCCGAAAAAGCGAGCAAACGCAGCGUACUUGGCUUGCGCCUUUCAGGUGAUGAUCUUGCGCAGAGAAGCGGAUGUCGCUUACAAGCCGUUCGUCGGUGCGAAGCCAGCUUUCAUGCCCUUCCGUGAUGCAACAAUGAGUGUGUGCACCUACCAAAACACAGUGCUGGACUGCGUCAGAGGAUUAGAAUACGGCAUGCGAAUCAAGUGGUUUGACCCGGGUACUUCCACUAUACUUGUUGAUCUUGAUUUCGAACUUCGAAGAUCCGUAAUGAAUAAAACAUGAUCUUCAUGAUCUACUAUUGUUCCCACCCCAACUCCAUCAUUUUGUUACACUUAAGACAAGGACGACAGCACAACAAGGUAUUUCUGAAAUAACCAUGUUAUUCGUAUGAUCCAUCUCUAUACGAUCUUCGACGGACGAGUCCAAUGAAAUGAACCACACAGCAACCUUCGACGUCCAAGCUUACGACUUCUAUGAGAAAGUCGAGCAUGGUGAUAUUAGCUGGGUGAUCCCGGACAAGUUCUUGGCUUUCAGCGGCCCUUCCAACUCCCCGGUGGACGGCAAUGGUUAUCCAACUUUCACCCCUGAAGACUACGUGCCCGUCUUCAAGGCUGCCAAUGUCGCUUUGGUCGUCCGUCUCAACAAAAAGCAGUACGACCGCCGCCGAUUCCUCGAUAACGGCCUCAAACACGCAGACCUGUUCUUCAUCGAUGGUUCCUGCCCACCGAGAGACAUCAUCAUCAAGUUCCUCCAGAUGGUCGAGGCCGAACCCAACGCAGUCGCUGUGCACUGCAAGGCUGGUCUUGGGCGAACGGGAACCUUGAUCGGUCUCUACGCGCAGAAGCAUUACCAAUUCCCUGGUCGUGCUUACAUUGGCUGGAACCGUAUCUGCAGACCGGGUGCGAUCUUGGGACCUCAGCAACAGUUUCUGGUUGACAUGGAGCGUGAGAUGUUCCAGGUUGGUGAAAUUGAACGUGCGAACUUGCGAAAACACAACUCUCUGAACGCAGGAGUGUUCAACGGCAUUCAAGGAGCAUUGACGAAUGUUACGGCAAGAGAUGAGAGACUAACUUUAACUACUUAGAAGCUACUUAGAAGAGAGCUGCUUCAUUUACAACACUCUUGUUCUAAUAAUCGCGCCGCCAACGGCAACGGAAGUAAUGAAGAGAGCUUUACUUACUUACAACAAACAACAACUUCAUCCUUCAGUCGUCCUCUGAUAAUUUAAAUUUUACAAACACUUCUUAGUUACUUUUGCAUUUUGAGAUUGAGAUGUAAGAUUCCCAUUCCUAGAAGAUACGACCUGCUUGUAUCAUCUUCCAUCCGCCCAUCCCUCACCCUCCUCCUCUUCUAAUAAUCGCGCCGCCAACGGCAACGGAAGUAAUGCCAACAACCGCAUCCCCGGUCGCGAACUAACCGAAGAGGAAAAGCGUGAGGACGUUGGUCAGGGUGAUCGUCUCGUUGGCGCUCGCUUGAGCAACCAACUCUCGAACCGUGGUUCCACGUCUGGGUUCUUUGGUCUAGCAAACAAAUUUGGCGGUGGUUCGUCUACGCCUAUGAAACCCAGCGUCCAGAUCCGUGGUAUGUUCGGUCCUCAACCCCUCUUUCCCGGAGCUGCUGCUGCAGUGGGAGGAAACUAG